AUGGGUUCGACCCCCAUAUUGACCAUCAGACCCGGUGUCCGGGCUGAUUAUUCCGGCCAACCACAACGGCCAUCCCCGGCCCCGAAAGGGGGUCAGGGGGCUCCCCAUGACGCCCCCUAUUUUUCUCUCGAUUUCGAAUCCAGCCACCAACCACGACGAACAGCUUCCGAUGAGCGCAAAGCCACCCGCAACGACGACAACAUCCAGGAAGGCCUCGCCAUCCCCACACCGGACAUGCUCAACCUCAAUCAGACUCAUCGCACGAAACAAGACCACCAUGAACAGCAACAACUGACGAUCGGAAGCAGGAGCCAUUCAAACAACGAACACCCCUCACGACCCCAGCUGGCCUCAAACCACCACCACAAUCAUCCAUUCACACCGUUCAACACCACCAGCGCCCAAGCCUCCCCAUCCUUCGCCAGCCCAAGCCAACUCACCCUCGACCUCCACGAACAACCCCCACCACCGGACAUCAUCCAGCCCCCCUCAAGGACCUCCUCGCUCUCCUCCCCCCCCUCCUCCCCCUCAUCAGCCUCCAGCCUCUCCUCCUGCGAGGACGAUAACCACUUCAAACACAGCCAUAACAUCCGCCUCGUCAACGACCAUAUCUCCCAUCACACCGUGCCCCUCGAACCCUUCGAUAACCAGGUCGGAGGCCAUCACUCUAUAUUCAGGUUCUCCAGGCGUGCAGUUUGUAAGCCACUCGUCAGUCGAGAGAACACAUUCUAUGAGGCUGUCGAACGAGACCAUCCCGAGCUCCUAGCAUUCGUGCCCCAGUACCUCGGCGUACUCAAUGUCACCUACCGAAGGGUCAACAACACCGACCAGGCCCACCAACCACCCCUCCCGUCCCGCGCCUCGAACCUCUCCCAGAGACGGGUCUUCCGGAACAAGGACGGCCGAACCCGGCUGGGCGAUGCCAAUCAGGACGAGAUACCCGAAGUGACGCUGAGCCAGAACAGACACAUCCUGCCCGACUCGUCGCUCUGGAACCGGAUGGAUUUCCGCUCGAGCCACCCCUUCGACUAUCCGCAGCACCCUCCUCAUCCGCCCGCCCUGCUAGACGACCUCUCAGACCACGAUCCUCCUCACCCACUCGACAUUGUCGGUGCCGCCAAAACCCACCUGCGCAGCUCGCCCUUGACCCCCCACAGCACGCCCGUCGGCUCGCCGCACGGCAGCUCGAUCUGGAACGAGACCGGCGGGCUGGGGAACAUGCUGAGCCACGAGCGCGACCCGCUCUCGUCGUACUUCCAGCCCCCGGGCUCGGGCUCCUCGUCGUCCCUGUCAGCGAUCCGCGGGCGGGGCUCGACCCAAGUGAACCGCAAGCUGUGCGAGCAGGUGCUCCGGGAGGUCUUCAGCAGUCCCAAGCUGCCCCUCAACGGGAAGCUGCACAAGCCGCCGUGGCGCAACGGCCGCCGGACCUCCCGCCUCAAAGACAGCAUCGACUCCACCCGCCAGACCACCACCGAGAUCUCCACGCCGCCCCGCAGCCCCGACCGGCUCCGACGGCGCAGCUACCUCAUGCCCCUUCUUGACCACCAUCUCUCCCCGCCUCGCCAUUCGCCCUCCGAGAUCGACCAUCAUCAGCUCGACCCCCUCGCCCGCCACGAAGUCCGCCGGACGAUGAGCGACAGCCAGGUCAACCGCGAGCGCUUCUCCACCACCAGGUACGAUGCGGAUGGUGGUAGUGGUGGCGACGAGGCGGGGGCGGGGUUCUCAACAACAGCCCCCCAAGACGCGCCGGCCGAGCUCGUCGACACCCUCCAAUUCACCUCGAUCGUCUCGUCGAUCCCGGGGAGCAGUCUGACGAGCCCGCCGCAGUUCCUGCUCAUGGAAGACCUCACCGGCUCGCUCCGCUGUCCGUGCGUCCUGGACCUCAAGAUGGGCACUCGACAGUACGGCAUCGACGCCUCGCCCGCCAAGAAGCUCAGCCAGACCUCCAAGUGCAAGCUCACCACCUCCGGCAACCUCGGCGUCAGGAUCUGCGGGAUGCAGGUCUACAAGGUCUCCGAGAACCGCUACUCCUUCCAGGACAAAUACUUCGGCCGGAAGGUGGCCACCGACCAGUUCACGCCCACCCUCGCCAACUUCUUCCACGACGGCGAGCGGCUGCUGGUCUACCAGAUCCCGGGCAUGCUGCAGAAGCUCUACCGGCUGGCCCGGAUCGUCAGCAAGCUGACGCGCUACCGCUUCUAUGCCGCCAGUCUCCUGUUCAUCUACGACGGGGACCGGGCCAUCCAACAAGCGUACCAAGCCCAUCUAGGCUCCGGCUCUUCUGCCGAGGAGUGUCGUCGGGGGGAAGUCAACAUCCGGCUGAUCGACUUCGCCCAUUGCACGACGGGGGACGACUUCCUGGGUCCCGACGCCCCCGCGCUCGGCGCGGACGACGACGAGGACGACCGGCCCCGCGCCUCUUUCCCGCCCUCCCACCCCAACCAGCCCGACUGCGGCUUCCUCCUCGGCCUCAAGUCCCUCUAUGAUCUUCGGGCCGGGCGCAGACAACUGCGGCGUCGGCCAGGAGUUCGAGAUGCACGCCCCCCCUCUCUCCCCCGCUCGCCGGUCUUCCUCCGCCCUCUCUCUCUCGCGACGACGGCCCUGCUCGUCCCGGCGCCCGUCCCCCGUCCCUAUCCGACCUCCUCCCUGUACCACCAUCCGCCGCCUUGA